AGCCGCUGUCACCACCGUAACUCAGCUGGUCGGUUGCCGCCGCCGCCGCCCCCAGAUUCCAGAGGCGAAGAACCGGAGGCCGAGACCAGACAUGGACGUGAACAUCGCCCCGCUCCGAGCCUGGGACGAUUUCUUCCCGGGCUCGGACCGCUUCGCCCGGCCGGACUUCAGGGACAUUUCCAAAUGGAACAACCGCGUGGUGAGCAACCUGCUCUACUAUCAGACCAACUACCUGGUGGUGGCUGCCAUGAUGAUUUCCGUGGUGGGGUUCCUGAGCCCCUUCAACAUGAUCCUUGGAGGAAUUGUGGUGGUGCUGGUGUUCACCGGGUUUGUGUGGGCAGCCCACAAUAAAGACAUCCUCCGCCGGAUGAAGAAGCAGUACCCCACGGCCUUCGUCAUGGUGGUCAUGGUGGCUAGCUACUUCCUCAUAUCCAUGUUUGGGGGGGUCAUGGUCUUCGUGUUUGGCAUCACUUUUCCUUUGUUGCUGAUGUUUAUCCAUGCGUCGCUCAGACUUCGGAACCUCAAGAACAAGCUGGAGAAUAAAAUGGAGGGGAUCGGGCUGAAGAGGACGCCCAUGGGCAUCGUCCUGGACGCCCUGGAGCAGCAGGAAGAGAACAUCGGCAAGCUCACUGACUACAUCAGCAAGGUGAAGGAGUAGACCCCGCUGACCUGAGAGGCCGCAGGAGAAAGCAAGCUGCAGUUUGCCUCGUCCAGACCCACUUUCUGCUUGUAUUUUUGAAAUCGGAGGGACAUAUCACCCAACAACUGACGGCCGCAUACAUGUGUAGGCCAGACUGUUAACGUCUCUUAUGUUACAGACAGAAGGCCCCAGAAACCAAAAGAAACCACCCUCCUAGUCUGUCUGAACUUUCAACUAUGUUUAUGAAAACUGAUAGGAAAUGGAGCACACUUAUGUCUGUAGGGGAAUAAAAGGAAAUAUAAGGAUUGUGGGUGGUACAGCAAGAAUACUGUUACCUUCUGUGGAAAAAGUAAUUGUAAAGUGUCGAGGCCAUGUGAGUAAACGGACAGACUGUCCAACUAGGUGAUGGCGUGCAUUCACCUGCUUGGU